UUUACAACACGUUAUCAGCACGAGCUAACCUAAAACUCGAGCUAAACCUAAAAACCCUAGAAAACCCUAAUUUAGCCGCCGACUUCAAACAGCUCGAACUCCCUAACCACGAGGAACCAGAAGACGAGCUACCUACCGAUUUGAAGAUCUCGGAGAGAAGAAUCCAACGCCGAAGACCGCGACGCAAUCCGAGUUCAGACGAGUUCGCAAUCGUCGUUGCAAGUCAAUCGGACAGGGAAACCCUAAUCUGCCCGAUUUCUCUCUCUAAAAGACUCAACUUCAAAUCGAUCGUUCUCCCAAACCGUAACGAUCCAGACGACGUGUGAUAUACCAAUUUGAAGCUAUUGAAGAGGAGAAUCCAACGCCACAAACCUCACCUCAAUCCGUGAUCAGACGCGUUCUCUACGACAGCUACAAGCCGCGCCGUCAGAACAGAAAUAAACCUAAGGCUGCAAACUUUUCUCUCUAGUUUGUUUAUAGCUGAUUGUCUUUGAUAUUACUAACUUCUCUUUGAUAAUUUUGUUUAAGGAAAACAAAGGAUCCCAGUAAGAUCCAUUGAGGUUAAGCUAUCAAAGAGAAGUCAAGGAGCAAAUCAAUCGAGUUUAAGAUGCCAAUAAACUCAGAUUACAGUGUCCUAAAUCUCUCAGGAGAUAAUUAUAUUGAGUGGACCAUGAACACUUCAGGAAGAUUAAAACUCAGAGGAGUUUGGAAGUGUACCAAGUGGGAUAAUGAUACCCCUGCGUGUGAGAGGUCGUAUGCCCUCAAGAUCAUGAAGGAUAAACUCUGUGAUGAUCUAAAAAUGAUGUACAGCUACAUCAAUGAUCCACAUUAUCUCUGGUAUACAUUGAACAAUAGAUACUCAGAAAUGUUCUUGCAUAAAGCAGAAAAAGAAUGGCGAGAAAUAAAGUUCCAGAAUUAUGAAUCUGUGAACAAGUAUGACUCUGACCUUAUGAGAAUCGCCUACACUCUCAACCUAUUUGGAGAGUCGACAACCAACAGGGAUAAGCUCACCAAGACUCGUGAGACUAUCCAUCCGAGUGAUGCGAUAUCUUUAUAUCACGCCAGUAAGUGUACUACUUACUUUGAUCUACUCGACAAACUGUUGGAAAUUGAGAAGAAAAAGAAAACAAAGGCAGAGAACAUCAAGCAAUUUGAUGAGAUCUUAAGCAUACAUAAGCUGAGACAAGAGUUUGAUUUGAGUAUUCCUGAAGCUGGAGAAGAACAAACCGAGUGGACUCAUGUAGAUAAUGAGCUUGAUCUAUUCAUUGAAUAA